CGGGAAAUUCAACAAACAAUAACCAGUGCAUGUACUCCUCAAGAGCGUUGAACGAAAGUCGACAUCUCCAUGGAUUUUAUCCGCAAACCUCGAGUAAAGGUUGAGAAAACCUCGGCCGUUGUCAACUUAGAGCAACUCUAUCCGCACAACGUGACUUUGUAUCGACUUCCUCCAACAGAAGACAUCACUUUGCAGGAGUUCGAAGAUUUGGCUUUGGAGCGAUUGAAAUUGCUUAGAAUAUUCGAACAGGCUGGUUCGAGGAACUUGCGGUUCCUAUCAGAUGAGUGGAAAGAACACAUAACUUCCGAAAUUAAUAGAGAGGGCUUAAAAGGAUAUGCGAGGCUGUUCCACAACAGUGGCUCGGUCAAAGAGUCAGACCUGCAGGCGCGCCGCCGGGACACCAUCUCUCACUUCAUACUCAGAGUGGCUUACAGCAGGUCGCAAGACCUACAGAGAUGGUUUACUGCCAGAGAAAUGGAAAUGUUUCGCUACAAAUUCUCGUUAUUGACGGCGUCCCAAGUGAAGGAGUUCCUUGAAAUUAACAAGCUGGACUACACUCCUUUAACUGAAGAGCAGAAAAACGAGGUCAAAGAUGGGCUGUACGAGAGCACGAUGGGACAGAGCGCGAGCAAAAUCGAAUUGCUGGACUUUUACAAGGUUCAUUUCACGGAAGUUCUGGAUUUAGUAAAAGGUCGUCGAUGCUUCCUCAAAAACGGCUUUGCUUACGUGAAUAGCAGCGACUUUGUGUCCAUUAUCGCUACGAAAUAUCAAAGCGAACUAGAACGAGGCCUGCAAGUAGCUCAAAGAGGUUUACCAGAGUCAGAGAACGACGAACGGCUGGUAUCAGUCUUGAAAGGAAUCCACACAUCAUACACAGGAAAAGAUUACUCAAUCGACAAGGGUGAGAGCGUCCCAAUUGAAUGUCUCGAUCAGCUUUCCAUCAAAUCAUUCCCUCUGUGUAUGCGGUCAUGUCACGAAAUCCUCCGCAGCAAGCAUCACCUCAAGCAUUUCGGUCGACUCCAGUACACGCUGUUCCUAAAGGGAAUCGGGGUGUUACUCGAGGACGCAUUGAGAUUUUUCCGUGAGGAGUUUACAAAAACGAUGGAUUUGGAACGGUUUGAAAAGGGCUAUGCUUACAAUAUUCGACACAGCUAUGGAAAGGAGGGUUCCAUGGUCAAAUAUUCCCCAUUCUCCUGCAUGAAGAUCAUAAUGCAAGCAGUUGGACCACAGGAUACGCAUGGCUGCCCUUUCAAGACUCUAGACCCGGUGGCGCUCAAAUCGAAACUUACUAGUUAUGGCCUGAGCCCCAUGCACGUGCAAGAGGUAGCUACUUUUGCAACCAAAGGACAUUAUCAGCUUGCCUGUGAUCGUUAUUUCGAAGUUAUCCACGACACGAAGCUCGAUCAGGGAAUACAGCAUCCAAACCAAUAUUUUGAACUCAGCCAGGCUGUGAUGGGCAGUCGCGAGCAAAAAGGCGGCACCCCGGCUAAUAAAAACGUUCGCAAAGUCGUGAAGAAAGAAGUGAAUUCUACGCUUUUGGAGGGAGACGACGACGAAUUGUGGAACAUCGCGGAGACACAAGAAAAUGAGAUGACCCAGAAAAAAGCAGCGGAAACGGUGAAGAGCGAAUGGGAUGAUGAUUUCGACAUAUCGCAAGUGGAGAGUAUGGAGUUUUGAGUUGUAUUAAAUAAACG